AUGGAGGGCGACGUCGACGGCAUCAUGGAGUGUCCGCGAGGGAGCGACGAGCAGUCGCAACGAGCGCGGGAGAAAUGGGACGCUUGGAAACAGCAAAACGGCCUCUCCCGCACUGAAGCCAAACGCCGCUACAUCACCACCCUCAUCGACACCAUGCACAAAUACGCCUCGCCCUCGCCCGACUCCCGGGAACUAGUUGCCGAGCUUGAGUUUGUCUGGGACCAAGUCAAGUCAAACGUACCUUCCUCGUCGUCCUCGUCGCCCCUGCGCACCGCCGACCACACAACCCCCGGAUACACUUCACAGCACGAGCUAGGCCAAAGCGGACGGGCAGCCAUGAACACCAGCGCCGACAUGGACCAAGACACGCCCGGCCAGAUGCGAGGGCAGGAACAGCGGGACAUACCCCUGCGCGUCAAAUCGCCCAUGUCGCAAUCCGAAGAAGAGCUCGAGGAAGAAGAAGCGGAAAUUGACCGCGGCGAAGUCUUCGUCGAUGCCCCAGACAGCCAAUACAACCCUACAUCCUACCCGGAUGAUGACCAGCCCGAACUAGAAGACGCAGGUGUCCAGACGGAUCUCCAGCAAUUGAUACGAGCGGAACCUAUACCCAUACAAACACCCACGCCCGCCCCGCGAAAUAGAGGCAUGGGCGUGCUGGGGAAACCAAUACAGAUGAACAUACCGGGUCUCGGCGGAACACCAGCCGCAGGGAACGCCGCCGCAGCAGCAGCAGCAUCAAAAGAAUCUCCCAAGGAAUCCGCCGCAGACCAGAAGUGGAGAAAGCGUGUGGAGCAGUCGUUGAUGAAAAUGACGGCCGAAGUCGCAGCACUACGUGAACAGCUUGAGGCGAGGAGGUUGUUCGCACAUUCGGCGCAUUAUCGCUUGUUUAGAGGGAUAUGGAGGUGGGUGUGGGCUUGCCUCAAGCACGUGGCUGUUGAUGUGUUUAUAUUGGGUAUUGUGCUGCUCUGGAUGCGGAGGAAGAAGGAUAGGAGGUUGGAAGGCGCGAUAAGGGUUCUGCUGGGAGAUGCGGUGGCGCAGAUGCAAAGGGGUGGGGGAGCGGUGUUUGGCAGGGUUAGGAUACCGCUGCUACGAGGGGGCGGCAGGAAGCCAGUCACGGCGUCGUGA